ACCAUCAUCAUCAUCAUCAUGGUGAUGAAUGGCCAUGAAUGAUGGUUUGUUGCAUCCCCACAGUUACUACCGUGCAACCGCCCUCACUGUCCCCACUUCUCUUUCUCCUUCUCCUUCCUUCUCGGCCCCUCUUUUCUCUCCGGGUAUUUAAAUACCCAUCACUACUUUGCACAGCAACUUCUCCGAUUCAUCCCCAUUACUAACCGCCUCCCAGAGAAAAUCAGAACUGCUCAUUCCUUUCUUUCUUUCCCUGUCUCGUUUUGCCUUCCUCGCGUCGAAGCAAUGGGCAAGAAGAAGAACAACAACAAUGGGGGCGGCGGUGGCGGCAACAAUAACCAUAACCAGAACCAGAAUCCGAACAACGGAGGCGGCGGCGGCGGAGAGGCGAAGCAGCAUCACGAGGAGAAGAAAGGCGGCGGCGGCGGCGGAGGGGAUGGUGGCGGCGAGAAGAAGAAGCAGGAGAAGAACCCGCUGGUGGUUAUUCUCAAGGUCGAGAUGCAUUGCGAAGGUUGUGCGUCGAAGCUUAUUCGCCUGACUCGCGGAUUAGACGGUAACUGCCAUCCCUCUGCUUCUUCUCCCUCUUCCGUCAUUUGCAUGCCGGGUAUUUUGUGAGAACCGUUUGAUAACUAACCGAUUCGCCUGUAACCAAUUGGAAAUCCGUUCAUGGGGUUCCGUUCUAUUUUGAUUUCUUGAUCUGGGUUACUGAAACUGUUUCGUGACUCCAUUAUUGGAAAAUUGGAUUUGGGCGAAAGGAGAUUCGCUUCCCUGUUUUGCUCUAUUUUCCAUUCUGUUUUUUUAUGUCGUUACCUUCUCAGGCGUGGAGUCGGUGAAAGCGGAGGUGGAUACAAACAAGCUGACGGUGAUGGGCAUUGUGGACCCGGUGCAGAUUCGCGACAAGCUCCAUGAGAAGACGAAGAAGAAAGUCGAGCUGAUCUCCCCCCAGCCGAAGAAAGACGACGGAGCCAAAAAGAACGACAACGGCGGCAACAACAACAACAACAAUGGCAAGAAGGACGAGAAGAAUCCCAACGAGCAGAAACCAAAGAGCGGCGAGGAGAAGAAACCCAAAGAGGCUCCGGUGACCACGGCGGUGCUCAAGCUGGCAUUCCACUGUCAGGGAUGCAUCGAGAAGAUCAAGAAGAUUGUCUCCAAGACCAAAGGAGUGCACGAGCUGGUGGCGAUGGACAAGCAGAAGGAGACGGUGACCGUGAAAGGGACGAUGAACGUUAAGGAGCUGGUCGACGCCCUGAAGGAGAGACUGAAGCGGUCGGUGGAAAUCGUUCCGCCACCUAAGAAAGAGAAAGAAGGCGGCGGCGGCGGGAAUGAUGGGAAUGGCGGCGGCGAGAAGGAAGGACAGAACAACAACAACAACAACGGCGGGGGCGGUGGUGGUGGUAAGAAGAAGAAAGGCGGCGGAGGUGAGAAUGGAGAAGGCGGCGGCGUUCAGGGGCAAGGGCAGGAGUACGGAGUAGGGGAAGUUUCGAGAAUGGAGUUCAUGGUCCAUCCCGGGUACGCUCCAGGUCCGCCGGGUUUCGCUCCGACCGGGUUCGGGCCGGUGGGUCAGCCGGUUUACGGGGGCGGGUACGCGGGUCAGCAGCAGGCAGUGUACGGGAAUGGGUACGUGGGGCAGCCGGUUUAUGCGGGUUACGGGCAGGAGUACGGGUACGGGUACGGGUAUGGGCAGGUUCCCGGGUACCCGGUUCAUAUGAAGUUCAACGACGAGAAUCCGAAUGCCUGCUCCGUUAUGUAGGGUGGUGGGGACCCGUACGGACUUUUGCCAGGAGGUGGGGACAGUCACAGUAGUAGCCAACAGAAGCAGAAGAAUGCAGUAGAGAGAAAAGCAAAAUGUAAAUAAGAAAAAGGAUGCAGAAAGAGAGUGGCUUUUGGGUGGGUCAGAAAAAUUUUGGGUACUACUUUAGUAUGGUUGGUGAAUUAUGGGGAGGAGGAGGAACAUACUAGUUUAGUUUUUUAGUCUUGAAUCGGUGAAGAAUUUGGUCUUGGUUCGUUUUGGUUUUUGUUGGGUAAUUUUGGUUUUUGGAUAGUUUAUGGUUCAACAUUUUGGCUACUAUACAUAUAUGUUUGUUAAGUGACUCUCUUCCACGCUAGUAGCUCAAUAUUCGUAUUUGUCAUAACAUAACGUGAUCAUAGAGUGGACCAACCUGGUUUGUGAGAUAUUGAAUGAUCGGUUAUUGUUAGUUGGAAAUAUAACCACCACUAGAUAUGAAUUGGGUAGGG